GGCAGCUGAAACAGAGGCUUCUGCAUUCCCCACCCCUAUGCCUAGCAAGACUGCGUGGGUGGCCAGGGAGCCCGAGAGGCUGGAAGCAAAGGCCUGGAGAAGAAAAGAAAGCGCUCAAAUAAACAUACUCUCAAGAUUAAAAGAAAAAAAAGAAGAAGGAACAUAGGAAAACUACAUGAAGUUGGGAGAAAGCAAGGCGGGAGUUGGAGUACAGGAUAAAAGAAUCAUUUCAAAGGCAAAUGGCUCUUCUUCAGGCUAAUAAAGAUCUCAUUUCCACAGGAAUUAAGGAAUUUAAUGCUUUGCUGAAUCAGCAGAUCUUCACUGAACCUCCUGUCUCUGAAGAAGCCAUGGUGACUAUGGUAGACGACUGGGUGAACUUCUACAUCAGCUAUUACAGGCAGCAAGUGAUGGGAGAGGAGGAAGAGCGGAACAGGGCUCUGGAGGAACUUCGGCAAGAGCUGAAUACUCUGUCUGUCCCUUUCCUGGACAAAUAUAGGGCCUUCCUAAAGUCCUUGUGAGCACCCAAAUCACCUACUGCUUUUCUCCUAGCCCCGAGACUGAAGCGUGCAUCUCCAAAAUACCCUUAAUUCCUACCUCUGUAUUCUUCAAGUCCUCAGGCUCUGCCCCUUCCUGGUGUUACUCUACCUUGACACCUCAAUAAAGACCAACACUGGUUUGGCUGGUCU